AGACUGAAUCACCAUGGUACAACAGUGUGGUCUACUCACCCGCAAGAAGGAAUCAGUGCCGCUCAAGAAGAUCUCUGUGAACUUGUCCAUUUGUGAGUUUGUGGCUGGUGUGUCUGCAACUUUAAACUAUGAGAAUGAAGAGGAAGUUCCUUUGGAGGCUUUCUUUGUGUUUCCCAUGGAUGAAGACUCUGCUGUCUAUAGCUUUGAGGCCUUGGUGGAUGGGAAGAAAAUUGUAGCAGAGUUACAGGACAAAUGUAAGGCCCAUAUCAACUAUGAGAAUGCCAUCUGUCAAGGCUACCAGGCCUUCUUAUUAGAAGAGGACAAGUGUUCCAGGGAUGUCUUCUCCUGCGACGUGGGGAACCUCCCACCUGGGUCAAAAGUGGAGCUCACCCUGAGGUAUGUCCAAGAGCUGCCACUGGAAGCAGAUGGGGCGAUGCGCUAUGUGCUCCCAGCUAUCCUGAAUCCUAGAUACCAUCUCUCUGGACUUCCUGAGGAUAGUUGCCUUAAUAUGAAGACUCCUGUAGCUCCUUUGGAGGACCCGCCCUACACACUGAGCUUGGCUGCCACCAUCACUUCCCAGCACAGUAUCGAGAAGGUCCAAUCAAACUGUACCUUGAACCCUGUUGAGUACCUUGGAAGUGGAAAGACGUCUGCUCAGGUUUCCCUGGCUGAUGGACACAAGUUUGACCGCGACGUGGAACUCCUGAUUUACUAUAGUGAGGUGCACAGCCCCAGCGUAGCCGUGGAGACUGGGAUGCCUGAAAAAAAGCCAGAUAGCUUGAUGGGAGAUCCAUGUGCCAUGGUGAGUUUCUAUCCAGAUAUCCCAGAAAUUGAAGUACCUGUUGCCUGUGGAGAAUUUGUCAUCCUCAUGGACUGCUCAGGAAGCAUGAAGUCUCCUAUGAAUAAACAGGCGAAAUCUCAACCACGCAUAGAGGCAGCCAAGGAAACUCUGAUUUUGCUGCUCAAGAGUCUGUCCAUAGGCUGUUAUUUCAACGUCUAUGAGUUUGGAUCUUCCUUUGAGACAUUCUUCCCGGACAGUGUGAUGUACACCCAGGAGACAAUGGAGGAGGCAGUGGAAAGAGUGCAGCUUAUGGAGGCAGACAGAGGGGGCACUGAAAUCUUGACACCACUUCGGGACAUUUACAGAAAACCCCCCAUUGCAGGCCAUCCCCUGCAGCUUUUUGUUUUUACAGAUGGAGAAGUUGCAGACACCUUUACCAUAAUUAGAGAAGUUAAGCUCAAUAGCAAAAAGCACAGGUGUUUCUCCUUUGGCAUUGGUGAAGGUGCCUCCACCAGCCUAAUAAAAAACAUUGCUCGGGUUUCAGGGGGCAUGGCGGAAUUUAUCACAGGCAAGGACAGGAUGCAGUCCAAGGUUCUUAGAGCCUUAAAACGUUCUCUACAGCCUGUGGUUGAGGACAUCUCUCUGAGUUGGGAUUUGCCGUCUGGUCUGUCUGCUGAAAUGAUUUCCCCAGAACAGACUUCCCUCUUUCGGGGUCAGAGGUUAAUUGUCUAUGCCCAGUUGUCUGGGACAAUGAUGCCAGAAGAGGCUACAGGAGAAGUCUGUCUCAAGUACACAUUCCAGGGCAAGAGUUUUGAGAAUAAGAUGAUGUUUCCUCUACAACCCAAGCUUGAUGCCAGCCUCACCAUUCACCGCCUUGCUGCCAAAUCCUUGCUCCAGGCCAAAGACAUGGGCUUCAGAGAGACCGUAGGAAGAGAUAAAAAAGACGUGUUGAACAUAAGCCUUGAGUCAGGCGUCAUAAGUUCCUUCACUGCAUUUGUUGCUAUCAACAAGGAACUUAAUAAGCCUAUUCAGGGGCCCUUGGUUUAUAGGGACAUUCCAACACCUGUUCUGCUAACCGCUAUAAAUAAACAUGGAUUAAGAGUUGGUCGAGCUGAACCUGGUGAGUUUCAUUAAAUUCAAACUCUGACA